AUGACCGGGCUUCCGACCCCAAGGACUCGACUGAGCGCAAUGUCCAUCCCCAUCCCCAUUUAUGCGCCCGUCUGUAGGCCUUGGCUUGAUCUGCUUGCCCUGUCCGACUGUCCCACAUUUCGUCUUCCCAAUCGUCAGGCCACCUCGAGCCAUUCAGUCGAGCCGCUUGUACCGGCGCCUCUGCCCGCCGUCUGGCCACCAAAUGACUCAGUUUCAUGCGACCACUUCGUCAAGGUUAGUGGCCAUACAUGA